UAAAAAAGAACUAAUUCGAUCGCCGGUGUGUUUAUUUACAUAUUUCAGAUUUUUGUUACAGAUACUUAAAUUGAAAUAAUUUUUCAUUAAAUUAUUGUAACAUGUUCAUGCAAUGCUUCUAAAAAUUAUUCAGCAUAAUUUUCAUCAGAUCCUAGAACAGCAAUAGAGUGUAAUGAUAUUCAAAUCGUAAGAUGUUCAAAAUCGAGUCAUACGUGACUCCGAUUUUGUUAAGUUAUGUCGACAAAUAUGUACGAGAUUUCAAGCCUGCCGAUGCUCAGGUGUCGCUAUGGGGCGGGGGAGUGGCCCUGCAUAACCUGGUGCUCAAGGCCGACGUGCUGCAGCAGGAGGUUUCUCUGCCAUUCACCCUGGUGUCCGGGAGGAUUCACGAACUCCUCAUACAGGUGCCGUGGACUAAGAUCAUGUCAGAGCCCAUCGUGGUCACCAUUGACACAAUAGAAUGUGUGUUGAGUCUGAAUCCGCCAGCCUCUCCAGAUGCCAGCCAGCCACCAGAAUCACCUAGUCGCAAGACGCAAGUAGUAGAAGCCCCGCCUGGGUAUAUGCAAGCGCUUGUUCGCCGUAUUGUCAGUAAUAUUGCGUUAAGAGUGCACCACCUUAUCGUGAAAUACGUGCAAGAUGAUAUCGUGAUGUCUCUUAAUGUGAAACAUGUGGCCGUCGACAGCGCUGGAGUCAACUGGGAGCCCGCUUUUGCUGACAUAGACCCAUCCUACCCUGUCAUCAGAAGAUUGGUUCAAUUGGAUGAUCUCACGCUAUGCCUGGAUCGCGCGGAUUCCGACGGCAAAAUACGAUACUACCAGGAGCCGCUGUUGUAUAGAUGUCAAUUAAACUUCAGGGUUUCAACCAAAUUAGUAUCCGCCAAUACUCGCCGUGCUAGCAGUAUAGCGGUCCAACUCCGGUCAUCAAAGCUGGCGUUCAGCGUGACGAACGAUCAGUUGGUCCUGUUGAUCAGAUUGCUUCGCGAACGAAGCAUGGUCGAAGCGAAGCAACCUCCACCACCUGUUAAAACCACCAAUGCAGUCAGAGAAGCACCGUUGCAUUCUACAUCAUCGAAUUCCGCCGAGCCAGUAAGACAAGAGAGCUGGUCUGAGUGGGCAUGGUCUUGGUUGCCCACGUGGGCUGACCGAGAAGGGGGAGUGGAAGAAGCACCAUUGCCUGCCACACCGUUACCAGUAUACUUCGUUGCAUAUCUGGAUGACAUCUCGCUGGCUUACAAGAUAAUGGAACUGGAAGCGACGAGUAGGAAGCGCGCGCGCAGCAUCCUGGAAUUCUCUGCUAUUCACGCCGCGAUAAAAAGCAGCAUUUGUUCGCCGACGACGUUACGCGUACGCUUCGGAGCGAGGCUGCUUACGUUGAGUUCCCACGGGAAAUGUGUUUGUGGUCAUGUGGAUCUCAAUGCGAGCCAAAAUCAGCCUACAAUAUACCUGAAAAAGGCCGAAGUAGAAGAUAUAGAAUGGAAUUGGCCAGAAGACGACUUCAACGAGCACAAAGUAGAAUGCGCACAAGUGGCCGAUGAGGAGUAUCGAGUGACGCCUGAGCCCACCUUGCCCACCCCUGAUACUGCGGCCCAAAGCCGCCCAGUAUUAGAGGAGACGGAGACGAACCCCGGAGAUCCUGAAGAACCAAUAACAACCGAACCUGUGGAGGAAACUGACCUGUUGUUCCAAAAAAUGGCGCCAGUGUUCUACGUAGAGUAUACGCACGAGAGGUCGCCGCCGAAUAGACAUGAUAAUCCGUAUGAUAACCCGCCCAGGGACUUCGAAUAUAGUGACUGGGUAGAAAUGUGCAAUAUGAAGGUCAAGGUUCAUCCGAUCGAGGUGAAAGUGUGCAUGGGACUCAUACACAGGGUUCACGAGUUGGAGAAUGUUCUAAACGAGUUGCCGCCUCUUCAGGAACAGGAAUUAGGGAUGCGUACCUUGACUGUCGAAGAAAAUGAAGCAUUGCAAGACAACCUGCCUCAAAGGAAAAUUGUGAUAGAGAUGCAAGGAGUGAACAUAGUCGUGCAUCCGUUAGAUCAUUUGCAGAAUCAUCACGAGCGGCCGUCUCCUUCCCCUAUUAUGUUAAACAUCGAUUUACCAGACGCCAUCAUUGUUAUCAACGGCCCUUUGUAUCCAAACAGGGUAUGCUCGGCCGCUUGCCAACUGCCAGAAGACUCCGGUCCUCUGUUCCAAGGGGCCCGCCUUACCUUAUCAGUAGCCAUUCCCUCUCUACAAUUCCGCUUACUGUCCCCGAGAGAUACACAGCCAAGGCAGUGCGCAAGAACUGAUUUGCGAUUGGUCGUCCAUGUACUCCUAAAUAAGAAGUACUUCGACAGAAGACAGACGGUGCAGCUGUCUUAUACUAUGAAGAUCCGUGAAAUAAACCUAAGUGGUUCAGCCGCAAGAUUGGAAGCCGCUUACCGCGUGCCAGCGUCGCUGAUGAGGAACCAAGUGGCGGCUGCAUUGAGGUACACUUCGCUUCCCAACGACGCGAUUCACGAUGAAGAAGCGGUGACAGUUGAUUUGACCAUUGAAGACAUCGCAGUUCGCGGAUAUUUAACGAAGGACAUUAACACUCACAUCAUGUCUGUUCAGGCGGCCAGGGCCACUGCUUUUCAUGCUCAAAGAGACGAGGAAGUAAAACAAGCUUGGAUAUUUUCCGCACCAGAAGCACCAUCUACGACACCUUAUCUAAGGCUGGCCAUGCAAUGGUGUGCCCAGCCGUUGUCCAAUUCCCUAGACUAUUUGGGAGUGUGGACGGAACCCAUGGCGUUUUCCGUCGACCCACUCUUCAUCACGUUCCUUGCAUACAAGCCACAUAUGAAAAAUAUAGAUUUUAAUACGUCUGGCAUAAUAUCCGCUAAAAGUAGCCAGUUCUUCCAAAGAAGGCGGACCACUCCACCCUCUUCAAGCGGUCGCAGUAGCGGACGGGAAGCGGAGUUAGUUCACGUGCGCCCGCGCAGCUCUAGUAGCGAACCAAGUGAGAAGAAAGAGCAAAAACCAGAACAACCUCCGCCAAAACCUCGCGUCCAUCUCCUAAGCGGCGAGAAUCUCUUGUCACUAUACGAGCGUCUGCGUCGUAUGCUGCUUAACGUGGAACUAGGACUUGUCCUAGUAUACGUGACUUCUUCCACUGCAUCAGCCCUCGACUGUGCCACAGUACGAGAUGCUAUGGAGCGUCACGCCAGCAAUUCCAGUGUACUGGCUCUAGGACUUGGUCGCCUCUCCAUGCAUUCUAGUUCCACCAAGAAACACUUGUGGCAAGAGAUCCGGCAUGAUGGACCGACUUUCAUAGAAAAGAAAUCAGGAGAUGACGACGAAUCAUUCCCAUGGAAAGUGCGCCUAGCUGAAAUGUCUUGCUUUACGCUAGAAACUGCGUCCUUCAUAUCAGAAAAGGAAGGCAUAGACAAAUCCGCAAGCGGCCUCCGUUCCCAGAUCAAGAUGAUCUCGGGAGUUCAUCCCAGAACUGUGUUGGAACUAACCACAACUACGGUCACAUUGUCUGUGGUCACCAAAUCUUUACACAUCAAAGUGCCAAUGAAGACUGAUAAAAAGAAAUCAGCCAGUGUCAAACCGGAGGAGGAGAAACUGAAGUAUUUCACGACUGGUUCAGAAUUUAAACCAUCUACCUUGAAGGAAUUUCUCCGCGGGCCGGCCAAGCGCAAGAAGACGGACGCUGAUAAAGAAAAUCAAAAGCAGCCAACUCGCCAACAAUCGACGGAGACGGUGGUUGGUCCAGUUGUAUCUUUGGGCGUCCACAUGCAUGCCGAUACACCACCCGUCAUCGUCAGGAUUUCUCAUGAUCAGGUCCACGUGAUGGCUUCCGCGAUACAUUGCUUCAAACACAUCGUGACUCUACUCCAACGCCCGCCUAUAGUCACUCCGAGAUACCACACUUCCCAACGAUCAUUAAUAAGGUCUGUCACUGAAAUAGACGAAGUACGAGACAGCCAAUCGGAGAGCACCAUUAGUGAAUCCAGUGAACUUAUAUCUAUAUACGAAGCCAAAUCAGCAGUUGAACCUGGCUUGAAACUGAAGAAAUUCUUUUGGUUCCAAUGGGUGGUGGGGCGGGCUACUCUGGUCGUGUCCACCCCGCAAGUAAAGUUCGCGUUUGACAUCGAUGACGUCAUCACCACCGUUGACCUCCAAGAGCAUUAUAAUCAGUUCAAACUGAAGUUGGCAUCGGCUUCUGUCAAACAUUACGAACGACUCAGUGAGGACUGGACAGCGGGGGUGCUGGGCGGGCGAGUGUUGGAAGCGCGAGAGCCCACCAAUCAGAAGGAGGAAAACCACUUCAUAUCCAUCACCGUUACUCAAGCGCAAAUAUCCAAUUUACCUGAAAGCUGGAAACACGAGCUUCAUCCGAAGAUGUUGGAACGAAGAUCGAGUACCGACACGAUGUGGGAGAUAUACGUGUCGCUGGCGCCGCUGGAGGCCGUGCUGCAGCCGGUGACGCUGCAGCACCUCGUGCUGUUGCUGCAGCAGAUGGCGCCCGGCGGGGCCUGUGUGCUGCGACCGGAGCCCGGGGAUCUACCGUGUCAGCCCUUCAUAUGGCCUUUCUUGUUCGUGACGGCUGGAGGGAUUCGAUUGUUGCUCACUGGUGAAGAAGAAGAUCCUGAUUCUGACGACACAUUUAUAUUCACCAUCGGUAAAAUAUCAGUGAAUCCACACCCUGAGAACCCGAUUUGCAGACGUCCAAUAGCCAGCACGGACCCGUCUUGGGCUACUGCCAAUACAGCUUCCGAAGGUCGGCAAUACGAUGUGCUGGUGAAGAGUGUGGCCGUCAGGUCGGCGCAGUUCAGGCAGAUUGUCAAGAAUGAGUCAGCUGAAACAGUGAAAGGACAAGAGAACCCUGCUGUAAAGUGGACGCGGCCGCGAAAGAGCACUGUCAUUACGCCCGUACUACAUUCAGUUGACGUCGGGUUCGUCUUAGCACCAGCUCACUACACGGGCGGGAUUCUAAUCUUUGGCCCGGCGAUAGAAAUCAAUCUAAUGUCGGAUUGCGCCAUAGAGCUGAGCGUCGAACAGCUGAUCCUCGCCAGACAAAUCAUGGAUGAUGUGAAACGCGCUCUUGCUGACGUUGAAACUACCAAAAUAUUGAGUCAUAGAGAAGAAAAGUUCGGUGUGUGUCCAUACGCUGAUCUGCUCAAGAGUCAGGAGUACUCCGAGGAAUCCUCGUCAUCGUUAUUAGUUACCGGAUUAGUUGAUGCUUCGGAAACAAUGAAGGCCGAUUCGGGAAUCGACACUGGCACCUCUCAGCACUCCACAAACAAGUCGGUGCGACACUUAGACCGGCAUACGUCUGUGCCGUUCAAGAAAGCUGUGUCCGUGGUCUUCGCAGAUACUGCCUGUGCUGAUUCAUCGGAAUACCUAGAAGUGUUCGUAACGAUGGGCAUCAUCGAGAUUUCGUUGUACGUGGCGGACGACAACAGCCCGGAAAUAGUGGCGCUGCGAACGCCUGCCGACUAUCAUGCCUCAAACCAGGAGGCGCAACAGGAUGUAAAGGACCUACCACCAAAAGAGGAGAUGAAACGAACGGAGACGACGAAGUCCUUGCGUUCGGAAAACGCUUCGAAGAGCGAAAGCAGGGAGAGUAUCACCGACGACGUGAGGAGAGACGAUUUCGCGCGCACCAACAUUGAUAUGGCUAAUCUUCCAAUAGCCCGAAAAUGCGAAGGAAACCUGCCGUUAAUGCACGCGACGCUGUAUCAGCCAAACUUGUAUUACUGGAAGAAAAAGAAUCAACAAAGUUUACAGGUGUCAUUAUUCAACGUAUGGUUGGGGCUUGGCGUUGGUGAAAUGGAGGGGCAUUGGCAUUUGCCUCUGUUGUCUACCGCCAAGGGUGUGCCGGACCCCGCCACCGAUAUACCGCCCGCUUUAGCAACCAUGAAGAUUGUGGCGCCUAAUGGUUCAACAUUACAUUCAUCAACCGGUGCUCGAGGCACCAUGCGUCUGGACGUAGAACGACCGGUGCAAGUGGAAGUGAGCGCCGAUAGACUGAGAAGAAUCAAGAGUAUACUUAUGCUGAUUGAAGAUAGAGUAAUAACAGGCAGUUCAAUGCAUCUAGCGGUUCCGACUGAGGAUCAUGUGCUUUAUAAGCUGAGACGAUUUAUGGUUAAAUACUCAAUGGAAAGCGUGACCGUCCAAACCGGUCAGAUCUGCGUCUCCGGUUCAUGCGGCACAGGCGGCUGGGACUCCGCCUCGCUGCAGGUGGCGUGUGGGGCGCGGCCCGAGCGAGUGCUGGCCCGGGGGCUGGUGACGGCGCUGCUGGUGGCCGCCGGGCCGCCUGGGGACCGGAGGCAGCUCAUACUGCAGCCGAUGAUGAUGGGAAUGGAUCUUGAAGCGACAUGGGAGGCGUGGCGUCGUGCAGAAUUCGGCUCAAACUCUCACGUGCCUACUGUCAGAGGAUCUCUCAAUUUGGACUACGUCACGAUAGACUUGCGGCCAUCAGACCUCGCUGCCCUGAACGACAUACUCGAACUCUUUGCGACUAUAAAUAAUAAGCCAGAGUCCGGAAAGACGAGAACCUUAUUCGAGAGCGAGCACACUUUGUACGAGAGUCACAAAGACUCGCUCACGUCGCCUCGGACGAGCUCGACGGCGGUAACGGAAGAUGCAGAUUUGGCUGACCACUACUAUAAGGACGAUUUGAGGAGUGGCGCCUUCAAAAUGGUGAGCGGCGGGCAACUGCCGAUGGCUUAUCAAGUGAUGGUUCAUGGGCACUCGGUGUCCUGGCGAUACCCUCAUCCCAGAGCCAUCACGAGGAUUGUGGCAUUUCCUAUACCUGGACUGGACGAAGAGGUAGACUGCGUUCUCGAGCUAUACAGCCUGAUACAGAAAAGAUGGAUGGCCCACACGUAUUUCACGCUGCCGAUCAGCGAGCCUAGGGAAAUUAAGCUAUAUGUUACACCCCCUGAAGCAGUAUUCGCAUUGACUUGGCGUUUCCGGCCUUGCGACGAAAACACCGAAGAAGACCUACCCUUCGAGUUCAAUGUGUUCAACUACAUGCCGAAAGAAGAUCCUUUGAUAACCGACGCAUCACCGGAUCGUCACGCCGUCCCCACUCCUGAGAGCGGAGUCACCGCCGAGCAACUAUCGGGCGUGUUGCGAGUGGACUCGUACUUCGCACCUCGCAUGUUGCCGCGACUCAGACUCGCUUUGCGAUUCGUCAGCCUCGAUGUCAACUUGCACAAUUCAUUGCCGAAGCUUUCCAGUCGCGCGACAGAAUUGGAGGGCUACUAUGUGUCUCGGCCUCUGAUGAGAAGCCACCGCGUGUUAACGCUUCUUGCAAGGGACUUCAACGCCACUCUACAUAUGGGCUCGCAAGCCGGGUCGUUGUUCUCUUACGACACGAAACUAUCCGCGGAUAUCCUGGAAACCGCCACCGGGGCUAUCGAGGAAAUGGUGGAAGAAUUCCGUGUCCGUGGCGCAGUCUCCUUGCCCCGGGACUCCGGCGUGGCGGCGCAGACUCGAGUGCGGUGUCGCAGUACGAGGCUGCACUUCGCGCUGAACGUGCCACGCGUGCGAACGAUACACGCACUAGCCACGGACUGGUUGGAAGGCAUUAGUCAGCAGAAGAAUUCGCAAGAAGAGAAGGGUCAAGAACAUUAUAUAUCGAAAGGCGACAUCGCCAAAGCGACAGCGGCGGCUUUGGAAGGCAGAGUUUCGUUGUGGAUACACAACAGCUGUGGGUCCGCUUUGCGAGUGGGACAAGAAGGGACAGACGAAGUUGUUCCUUUAGCACCUGGGGCCAGGCUUGCUUAUAGAUGGCGUUCUCCAACGGCGAAGAAAAGGUUAAGAUUCGCCGUGGCCGGACCCACGACAGAUUGGCGUUGGUCCAGCAGCAUACCAUUCGUCGCUGGCUCCACUCGGGUUCGCCUGGAAGAAGGGGAAUGCCUCGGCGACGGGAAAGUAAUUCCCGGCGCGGGAGUGUUCAUGUACGUGAGGGUCGAGGAGACCAGCGCCACCAAGAGCAUGCAUCUGGUGGGCCGGCUCACGCUUGCCAAUAUGCUGAGACACGACUUGCUGUAUAAGGUGCGGGCUCGUUGCAGCGUGACAAACCAAUGGCGUACAGUCUGCUCUGGGGAAUUGACGGCGGAGUCCGUUGGACGGACUGUCAUCUGCGGGGCGGAUUGCGAGAUGGUGCUCAAGGUUAAAUUUCUAGCCCAUGAGGCCGGCUGGUCUGGAGAUAUACCGUUAAAGGAGUGUCCCAAAGAGAAUGUGCCUUGGCUGGUGAAAGUACCAAGCGCAGGCGACGUGCCGUACACAUCGGUAUGGUGCCGCGUGACCCGAGCCCGCAGCGACGGCCGAGUUCUCGCUACGGUGUGGCCGCUCUACGUGUUACACUCGCACCUUCCGCUAGACACAGUGGUGAUGGUAACAACAAACGCGGCGUCAGUUUCCUCCGCGGAGUUACCCGACGAGACUCCUCCUACGUUGAUACAAACGGCGCCAGGGCGCGGCACUAGUACGCAUCUCUUAGCACCAGGGACCACUUCGGCAAGGCACACACUCUCAUUCCAAUACAAGAACAUAGAUUGUCCAGUAACCCGCGAAGCCGUUCCCAUGCAUUAUGGCGUGACUGACUCAUCGGUGUUCGACAAACGACCGCCCGUGGCCAAUAUCGACGACAUCGUCGAAGAAGUGCAACAAUGGCUGCGACGUUCAUCUCUUAAUGCCACAUCCAACUGGCCAUAUUCCUUGGUCACGAAGCACUGGCCGUUGCCAUGGCAACCAGCACUUCUGCAGCCCAGGUGUGAUGUCACGGUGAGAUACCAAGCCGUUCGCGCCGGCGGCGGGUGCAGCCUGGAAAUCCAGCUAUGUCCAGUAGUGUUGCUAUGUAACGCUGCCCCCAUAGCGUUGACACUACGAGCGCACGACGCCGCGCCAUUGUGCAAGUUGGAACCGGGUACCGCUAUAUCGCUGCCGAUGGCUGUACUCAAGAAACCAUUCUUUAUGUCCGUGGAGAUGGGCCGGGAGACGUUUGUGAGUGGACAAUUGGAGGUGGACAGUUCGGAGCCCGGCGUGUAUGGCGCUCCGCCCCCGGGAAAACUGGCCGUGGACCACUCAGCAGACUUCGCAAUACUAUGCAACCACAAAGUGGCGCUGUUGACGAUGUACUACGAAAUAAAGGAAGAUAUAAACAUACUUGGCGCUAGCGCUACGUAUGUCGUCUUGAAUAGACUCGAUAUGGAUAUACUGGUUUCACCUGUGGCGGUGCCAAUGGAAAUGGAAUCGAAUGUUAUAUUGCGUUCUGCGACUUAUAAAGUAGUACCUCCCACAAAACCAGAUAGCAUCCACGGGACACCACUUGGUCGAUUCUGGCUUCGGAGUCGUUGGCGUGGCAAUUCACCUUCAGAACUUCGACACUACAUCUGCUUAGGGUUGCCAUACUCCGGAGACCGGUCUAAUUCGGUUUCGCCAGCCCACGGCCUUGUGCCUAUAAGGCUGGGCAUGAAGAAUAUGUGCAGGAGAUCUGUGGCGCUCAUUGAUUGGAACCAUAAGUCUAUACCAGUAGUGGUGACACAAAUGAAACAAGAUGGCCGCUUCCUAAUUUCCGUUGCGCCAGAUCCGUGUCCACAGUUCGUGGUGCACAACCGCACCGUCACCACUCUUACUAUAGCCCAACCUGUCAAGACUUCCGAAGAACCUUCGACAUCCAUCACUGUAGCGGAACGAGAAUGCGACGGCACCCGUUGGUUCUGUACGAUCCCCCCCGGCGCCAUCACUCACUAUUCGACUCCCGCGCAUUGCGCGAGGUAUCCACCCCCCGCCGUCGCAUGCGCACCGGAACUGCCGUUCCUCAUCUUCGCUAAGGCUAAAGAGGAAGUAGAACCACAGUGGUGCCCCGCGGUCGUAGCGGCGGACGGAGAACAACUGCUGCAAUUACAAACUGGCAUUACGCUGAAGUUGCGCGUGCGCACCUACCCCCACUCCACACUGCUCGAGCUGCAAGACGUAGAUCAUACUGACCUAUCUGCAAGUGACAUCAGAAAAAGAUUAUACGGACCCUUCGCGGAUUCCGUCACAAGUAUUCAGGCAACACAGGAUGCAUCUGGAAAACUGCAAAGAGUGGGCGCAGACGACAAACUGCUACGUCCUAUUUAUAGCCAGUCAGAUACGCAAGUACCCAAUUUGCCUUCACAAACGGCUAGAGACAAAAGUGCCAAAACCGUGUCGACGCCACCACCACAAGACCACGUGGUCUCGCUGACAGACCUCAAACCUAUACCUGUGAGCUCUUCGGGACAACUGGGCGUUAUCAAAGACGUUACCAAGUCGAAUUUGCAGAUUGGGCAUACUGAGAGCUUGGAAGAUCUCAAUGAAGACACUAUUUCAAAGGCCAAGAAACUAUCAAUUGACAUCGAGGAGGAAAAGUUGAACCUUGGCCGGCGUGACAACUCCUCCUCCGACUCUUCGCUGGUAUAUCAUGAUAUACGUUAUCCUGUUUCAGAUUGGGAAGAAGGCGAGAGUUGGCCGCGCAUGGAACGCGCACGCUGCGUGCUUGACGCCAUAGUUAUUGAAGUGUCGGCGACGUCUGAAGCUAGACCAUUGUUAGCUUUACACGCCGGCAGAGUGGCUGUACAUGUGCUAGCUCAUAACAAGAAAACAAAAACAACGGUCGCAAUAUCCGAUGUCCAAAUCGACAACCUUCAGUACGAGACUGGACAGUUCGAUUUCGGCGUCGUGGCGAGCACGCGCAACGAUCACUUGACAGUGGACAGAUGGCCGCCUAUUUGGAACCUGUUCGCUAACAAGGAGGCCUUCAAGACGAGGAAAGAAGAUGCGAGGUUAUUGCUGAUGGUACAGCAUGACAAGUGGACGGUCGCCGAUUUUACUUAUAACGAGAUAACGGAAGUGGAAAUGGCCCUGGGCCCGUUAGCACUCUACGUGGAAGACGCUUACGUCAGCGCCUUGAUAAAGCUCUGGCGUUUGAGCGUUCCGCCCGCACCGUUAUCAGACACCGAGGCCACGUUAGCUGACGAGAGGAUCCUGCAGCGGCCGCUGAGGCUGAGGAUGUUACACCUGAGGCCGUUGGAGAUGACACUCACCCUGCACACCGCGUUCCGGAUGUACAUAGCCCUGGACCAGAGUCCGCUACGUCUAUCCGCGUUCCGACUCCAAGACAUGAUGACGUCACCGGAGCGACUCACACACGCGCUCACCGUGCACUAUUUGUCCGCCGCCAUACUGGGAGCUGGAUGGGUGGUCGGUGGCCUCGAAUUACUCGGCGCUCCCGGGGCCCUAGCGACUCGUCUCGGCGAGGCCAGUGGCGGGGUCCGGGGCAUCGUAUCAGCAACCGCGGCUGCACUAUUGCGUUCCUUCAGCGCGUGGGCCGGUUCCCUGGCUAGGAACCUGGAUAUGUUGGCUGGAGAUGAAGAACAUGCUAGAAGAGCCGCUGCGGCUAGGAGAAGACCGCCACAGACCUUCAUGGCUGGCCUGGCUGCUGGGAUUACUAACUUUGCGAUUAAUAUCUUGGGUGCUGUGGGCGGCUUAGCCCACCACCCACUAGUGGGCGUGGCCGUGGGCGAAACAGAAAGUGGUGCGGCGGCGUUACGGCGCGGUUUAGUCGGAGCUCUUGCAAAACCACUCAGUGCGACCGCGGAUUUAGUCGCGUAUGCUGGCCACGGGCUACUGAGUCAGACUGGAUGGGAUCCUAUACCACAGCCACGGAUCUUAGAUUGCGAGCGAGAACAACGCUCGCACGCCGCGUGGCGUCGCGACUGCGUGCGGUGGAGCUUCAGACUGUGCGAGUUGACUCCGCUCGGCGGCUUCGAAGUUUUACUCGAUAAUGCGCCCUUGUUGCUACUACUGACACACAAGUUCCUCGUGGUAGCUGAUACCGAAUCAGAGCGGAUUGUUGAGAUGAUAGACUUUAGGUUCUGCUCCGUGGGCCCCUACCAUGGAGCCAUUAUUGAGUUGAGUGUGACACAAAGACGUUCAGCCAAGUUGCCUGAGACGCGGGCGACAGACGAAGAUGACGAAUACCAGAUAAGCGCGGCGGCCAUGGCUCGAGUAGCGCGAUACACGGGUGCGGAAGGCGCUAGUUCUACCGGCGAAGCGCGAGUACUAGCACUUAUGUGUGCUCCAGCGAGAUCUCAUGCGCUCUACGCCGCGUUAGCAGCGGCCAUACAUCACAACGCCGACUCACACUUCAGCCUACUGUGAUAAAAAAACAACCUAGUGAUUAAUUCAUUUCAUGACCAAAGCAAAAGCAAUUUCUAUGUACCUUUUCAAGGUCCUAUCUUAACUUUAGACCCAACAAUUCCCUUGCCGUAUAUUGCCUGAACAGUUAAAAAGAUAAUUUUUUGCUUACCUGAAAUGUGGGAAUAGUAAAAAAGGUUCGAGUAGCGCAAUAUACGAGUGCGGAAGGCGCUAGUUCCAGCGGCGAAUCACGAGUUCUAGCACAAAUGUAUGCUCCGCCAAGAUCUCACGCGCUUUACACCGAAUUAACAGCCGCCAUACAUCACAACGCCGACUCACACUACAACCUACUGUGAUAGAAACAUAAAAUGAAAAGCCUCAAAACUGUGUUCUAAGUAAUGUUAUUACCGAAGCAAAAGCAAUAAAUCUUGUAUAUGUUUGUGAUUUGCUGUAUAUUAUAGCCUUAACGGGUGAGAAAAAAAUAAUUUCCUGUGUAAAUAAUGAACGAGGUGGCGUUAUACAUCCCCGCCAAUAUAUACCAUAUUGGCGGGGAUGUAACUAAAAUGUUAAAUUAAUAUGUACCUACCUGUAAAAUAAAUUUACCUGUCAAUUUAACACUAUUCGUCGAAUCAAAUUAACGAUCAUACAUCUGAAGUUAUCCAAAUUCUAAUAAUGAAUAGUGUAAUAUUUUUAUUUAUUAAAUAAUGAUGUCAAAUUUCUAAGUAUUAAUAAUACAACUAAGGUAUUAGGACCCCAGGAAUAGCAUCUGCCUGGCGGAUUUCAUUUUGUGGCCGGCUGUUCGUUCCCGUUAUUAAUAUAUUGUUCUUGCAAUAUUAAAUACUGAUAACUGGGAGCCGCCUUCGAACUUUGCCUUCGGAGAGACUAACUUGCUCAAUAACUAGAUUACUACUAACUUGUAUUUCUGAAUAUAUUAUUACCUACAGUUUUAUCAUCUAAAGUGUUCAUAAAGCAUAUAAACUUCACAUACAUGCCAAAAUUAACCCACUUAGAAUUUUGAAACGGAUUAGUCUAUGAACGUUGGCCCUAUUGGUCGAUAAAAAUAAUAAGGAUUAAUAUUUAAGUAUCAACGCUCAAAUGCAAACUUUAUCACCCUUCUUUUGCGAUUGCAAUGAUGAUAUUUAACAACAAAAACCUGACUCACCAAAUCCAGAAACUUGGUCGUAAAGGCGCACCCUGUUCCCCUCCCUAGAAAAGUGAGGAUUUAACCGGGACUAACGCUAGGAGGAAGAUGACUUUUAAACUUUUAUGACGCAGUUUUUUUUAUUUUAAUGCCACGCAUUUGGGCUGCGAUACCUACUUUAGACGGUUAAGAAUAAAGAUGAUCGAAUAGGUAAAUGUUAGUUUCUUGUUCAUUACUUUAGGAUUCAAUUUGUAUAAAUGUUUACUACCUACACUAUAAUGUUUGUCAUACUCUAUAAAUAUUUUGUAAUUUUGCAAUUAAAGUAAAUACGGCCGGGAGGGCUAUGACGCGAAUACCAGACGAUUAGACCAAUUUUAUUUGUACAGCAUUAUUGAAACAACAUGGUUUAUUUUUUGCAAAAAGCUACGUACACUAUAUAUCAUUGAUAUAAUUGCCUACAAUAUUUUUAAAAUUAUAUCUUAGUUACAAAAGGCCAUGUCCUUUAAACAACAAGUCCUAAAAGUCAUUUCGGAAAAGAUCAAAUUUAUUGGUCUACAUUGAAAGUCUUCUAUUCGCUGCUUGUAUGGCAAAUUUAGCAAAGAAAUUUGGUAUUCAGGACUAAAUCUAAUCUAUAGAAAUUUCGAUAUUAACACAUAUUUAAAGAUCUUAAUUUAAUUUUUUAUGUAUAUUUAAAUUAAUACGACAUUGUAGUUGGAACAUAGCAUUCGUUUGUUAUUAAAAUAAUAAUAAAAACAUAGUGAGAACCGUGAGGUAAUAAGGCUCAAGCUGAAAUUUAUAGCUGGGAGACAAAAAAAUGUAUCACGGCUCUUAACUUUUAUGGGGAAGGUUAAUAAAUAUGUAUAUAAUGAUGAAACAUUAAAUUUCUUAUAUCGUGUUCAAUUUCUUUUGAUUUUGUACAGUCGAGGGCACAUUAACAUAACUCGCAACUUGUAUAGGCCAUCGACUUUAUGUGUUUUAAAUAUAAUUUAUUUCAGUAUUAAAAAAUUAUGUUACCGACCAGCAUUUAAAUAUGUGCCCAGGUUUUAAAGGGAGUUUUUAGCCACAUAUAAGUAUAUGUGAUUACAGCUGCGAAAUGGCUUUAAGUUGUUAUAAAUUUAUCUGCCUCUAGUAGUCUUCACUGUUAUGACUGUAGUAACUGGCAAGUGUAAGCACGAUCAGAUGAGAAGAACUAUACCUACUUAUAAGAAUGUCGAUAGACUUAAGCCGGAUCCGCUGCGUUAAUUUAUCAGUAAAAUAAACAAAAAGUGGUAAGAUAAAUUAAGAAAAUUUGCGAGCGAAACAUCAGCCGCUGUAAUCACGUAUAUUCUUAUAUCUAUGUAUAUUUGAUUGAAAUUAUUUAUGUUGCACAAAUUUAAAUAAUUUAAAAAUGAUUAUUUCAAAAUUAUCUAUUUGAUAUCUAAGCGCCAUUAAUUCCAUGGCCUUUGAGACUGUAAAAAUAUAUUUUAUUUAA